CUCAGAGAUUGCCACCCUUCCUCUCUUCAGACAAAUAUUUACUCCCAAAAAAACCAGAAAAUCAUAAUUAUUGCAGCAAAUGGGCGAGAAGGUUGCAGAAAAGAAUGAAGGAGAGAAAAGAGUGGGUCCCAUCACGGUGGUGUUGAAGUUGGAUCUACAUUGCCAAGGCUGUGCCAAAAAAGUCAGACGCUCCGUUGCCCAUUUACAAGGUGUGGAGACGGUGAAGGCAGACUGUGACGCAAAGAGAUUGACUGUGACGGGAAAUGUGGACCCCCUUUGGCUCCGGGAAAAGCUUGAAAUCAAGACCAAGAAGAAGGUCGACCUUAUCUCUCCUCACCCCAACAACGCCGCCGCUGUCGGAGCUAAUCACAAGAUACCCCACCCUGUUGAUACUAACAGACCCAAAAAGGCUGUUGUUAGCACCGUGACAAUGAAAACCAAACUGCACUGUGACGAAUGCGCGGAUAAAAUCAAACGGAUUAUAAUUAAGAAUUUUGAUGGCAUUGAUUCACUAGCAACUGAUUUGCAAAGGUCUUUAAUAAUAGUGAUCGGAACGAUGGACGUGAAUGAUUUGGUUACAUAUCUAAGAGAGAAGCUAAAAAGAGGAGUAGAGAUUGUUACUCCAAAGAAGGCCGAUGGCGAAGUUGCAGCCGUGGACGGAGAACAAGAAAACAAAGGCAAGAAAAGCGACAUCGUUGGAGAAAGUGGUGCUAAGCAAAAAGAGGGUGGCGGCGCCGAAUCAAAACUAGUGGUUGCCGGCGGAGGCCAAACUAAGGUGGAGAAGAGCAAGAUGGAGUAUCAUAGUAGUUACAACCCACAAACGCACUAUGCCAUGCCGAUGGUGAUGCACAACCAAAAUUAUGGGCAUCAAGAUUAUAGCAAUAUGUGAUGAAUCGGCGAAUUUUUGAUGGUGAUGAAUGCAGGAAGAUGCAGAUCACGACACAGAGAUUUUACGUGGUUCGAUUUACUGAGGUAAAUCUACGUCCACGGGAAGAAAUGAGGGCAGAGUUGU